CAGUUGCUGUAAUCCAUACCCUGUGCUGAUAAUGAUGAAGAAUUCAGGCCCUCUUAGCUUUAUUUCGUCACUUAUGGGAUGAACUUGAACAGGGGCUGGAUAUACCUGGAGUGUAUCUUGUUUUUUACCACCCUUGCUCUAAAUGGCGAUUUGCUCGAUUUCCACUUUGCACGAUCUCAAUUCGCAUAAAACGUGAAGUAUCAAUGUUUGGUGCACUUGCCGCCAGCUUGAUAUGAGCAUGACACAGGGUUAAGGGGUGUUAGGAGAAGGACAGGGGACAUGGAGCUUCCCCCUCAACUUAAUGAAUUGAGCAUUGACACUUCAGGUAUUGACAGGAAGGAAGGGUAGAAAAUGGCUAUUAGCCCCUAAUCCAAGAGGUCUUGAAUUGCCCCUGGGCAGACAUAAGUACCACAAUGUCUUAAUAGAUUUGACCUGUAAGAUUUAGAGUUGCUGCAUUUUUUAGGUCCCGCAACAUUUUGGCCGAUUGUAUGCAGUUGUAUGUUUUUAGAUCCCACAUUUGGCAAGUAUUACACUGUAACUAUAAUUUCCUAUGCAGACUGACAUGCCAACUUAAAUAAUGCUGGAUGUGGCAAAAAAGAAGAAAAUUUUGAUAACUUGUGUGUAUGACAUUUUUUUCAGCAGGCACCUAGGACAGGAAGGCUUUAUGCAUUUUGUGCCUGUGUUAUGAUAAACUGUAUUGUAACUGGUUUGCAUAUCAAACACUAAUGGAAUGCUCCACAUUUUAAGACUUUGAGACAAGCAUCAGAUGUAAAGAAAUGGCUCACUUAGAACUAUUGGUAUACUUAUAAGUAGAAAAGACUUCUAGACAACAUAAUCUCCCUAGUAUCUAUGGUCCUCAAUAUAUCACUUUGGUUGCAUCAUGGAAUGGUUGUGCAACAUUGAGAUGCUGCCAAACUAGCCAUACAAAAUUGCGAUCCUUGCACCCACCUGUAUUACUUCAAACUUGUCAAGAGAUAGGUGCUGGAAGAAUGUUUGCAGAGUGAAAUAUUAUUUUGUGCCCAUGGUUUGGCUCUUUCCUGUGGUGUCUUUGCCUAAUUAUCAGUGAGCUUAAGAAUAAUAUGUGGAUUCCCAUACUUGGUUAUGGACAUAUUCUUAAUCUAUUUGAUUACAAGUCUUAUUCCCAACUUGUUAUAUCACAAAGCAUGAAAUGUGAUUUGUUCUCAAAACUUGCACAGCUUGCUCGAUAUUGAUCGAGAGGCAGUUGAUGUGCACUGUGCUUGGGAAUUGUGCUUGCAGGUGUCAGAUCUGAAUGCUCUUGAAAGGCUUGAUGAUAGCACUCUUUGUGACCUUGAACACAGCAUGGCCAAUGGGGUGGCAGUAUUUGAAUUAUAAUGAUAUGAAAUGCUGCAUAUCUGAAGGGCCUUGAUACAGUCUGCACAUUUUUUGCUGUUGUGUAGCUCAGAAACAAGAGGGUUUAGGUCUUGAGAAAGGCAGGGCUGUGAACUGUAUCAAUAGAUCUUCAAACUUGCUGUUUCAGUUCAAAACUUUGUACAGAUGUGGAACAACCCCUUAAAAUAAUUUGAAGAAUGCCCCUUUUAAAAAUAUUAUCAAACAUUUAUGCAACACAAUGGGCUUAGAUGUAACAUCCAUUUGAACAAUUCUGCCAGUGUUAUGAUGUUUUCUCCUAAAUUUUAGUUCUUUUAGUUUCAGCCUGCAAUACCUACAUGAUUUACAACUCAAGCAAACUAGCAUUGAAAACUGUUUUGUUCUCGGGCUGUUGAACAAUUCACACAGCACCUCAACAUAAAUACAGUAAAAGUGUUUCAAGUAAAAAUUAAGAGUGCUUUCUUCUUUCUUUGAUAACAAUAAUUGUCAACAUGACAUCUGAUGUGGAAUUCACAUUCCUGUGCAAGAUAAAUCUUUUCCAAUUGAAAUGACCUGACCAGGGACAAUCAUAAAGGAAUCUGCAAUGCCUAUCAACAAUCAAGAAUUGAUACCCACUCAGAGGAAGUACCACAGCCUUCCAAGGCACUGCAAGCCAUGCAGUGCUCAGGCUCAGGUGAUCUCUCCCCGCCUUCUGUGUGUUCGUGACUUCCGCAUUAAACUCAAUGCCUUUCAAGUCUGGUUCCGUGAGUUUGAUGAUGAACAAAAGAACACUGUUCUUCAGGAGCUGAUGGGCCUGUGCGGACCGGCGCAGAACCACCUGCUGUCGGUGCGGCUGCAAGACUCGCUGCACGAGCGCUGCCCGCCCAACUGCCAGGACCUGCUCUCAUGGCUCCCGGCGCACGUCGUCUCCAAGAUCCUCGGCUACCUGGACCCGCUCAGCCUGGCGCGCUGCAGCGCUGUCUGCAGGCAGUGGCGAGUGCUGGCCGGCGGCCGGCCGCUGUGGCGCAGGCUCAGCGCCCUCCCCGAGUGGCAGGUGUCACCCGAGACGCACCGCAAGCAGCUGCAGGAGCUCAGCUCGACCGACGGACGCGUCAACUGGAAACAGGUGUUCGUGCAGCGGUACCGGCUGCGGCGCAACUGGCUGCUCGGCCACUGCCACGUGCGCACGUUCGAGGGCCACGGCCAGGGCAUCUCGUGCGUGCAGUUUGACGACACGCGCAUCGUCAGCGGCUCGCACGACAACAGCAUCAAGGUGUGGAACAUCCGCACUAACUCGCCGUGGUCGGUGAUGACGCUGCUGGGACACUCGGGCACCGUGCGCUGCCUCCACCUGCUGGAGAACCGGCUGGUAUCCGGCUCCACCGACACCACCAUCAAGGUCUGGGACCUGUCCACGCGCGAGCAGUGGUCCAGCAUCGCCUGCAAGGUGACCAUGGUCGGUCACACAGACACCGUGCGCUGUGUGCAGAUGGACGUGGAGAAGGUGGUGAGUGGCUCAUACGACCGCACACUGCGCGUCUGGUGCGUCCGCUCUGGCUGCUGUCGGCGCGUGCUGACCGGCCACACGGGCCAGAUCCUGUGCCUGCGCUUCGAGAAACACCAGCUGGUCAGCGGUGCCGCCGACAAGACCAUCAAGGUGUGGUGUCUGUCUGCCGGCCGCUGCCUCCGCACGCUGCCCGGCCACGAGGGCGCCGUCACGACGCUGACGUUCGACGAGCAGCGCAUCAUCUCCGGCUCGCUGGACUGCACCAUCCGGCUGUGGAGCGUCGACACAGGCGCGCCGCUGGCCGUGCUGGACUGGAUCAAGAACGAGGGCCACACAGGUGUGGUGCGCUGUUUGGUGGCCGACCGAUGGCGCAUAGUGUCGGCGUCGGACGACAAGACGCUGAAGGUGUGGUCGCUGGAGACCGGCCGCCGCCUGGUCACGCUGCGCCAGCACACAGACGGCGUCACCUGCGUCCAGUUCAACGACUCCGUCAUCGUAUCCGGCAGCUACGACAAAACUGUCAAGCUGUGGGAUUUCAGUGUCUGCUAGCGCCGGCCGCCGGCUCCCGUCGGGGGAGGUCGCGCGCGGCCCGGCUGUGGCGACAGCCGCUCGCCUGGCGGCGGUCCGCGGAGAGCCGCCCACCGGCCGCGGCCACCGCCGCCGUCGCUUCGUCGUGUAUCUGCCGUCCCGCUGUCGGAGUGUGGUGUUCAGACGCGUCGGCGUCGCUACCGUGGAAUCUCCGUGUCCGGCCGCUACGUUGCUGUUGUUUGAUCUGUUGUUGCGUUGUGUUCUGCCCCGUGGGAGGGAGUGGCGGCCGCCAAUAGUGUGUGCGGAUAACGUCCCCCGUGCCUGCAGCUCCCCUGGGCAGACGGUGGUGCCUCCUGGGAGCGAUCACUAUAUGUCAGAGGUGCCCGCCGGCCCCAAGGGCGCCCGCGUGUUCGCGCUGUGGCAGCAAUAAUUGAUCGCUAAUAGUCAACCAUGUUGACGUCAGGGCUAUUGAUAUUGCUUGCGUGCUUCCGAUGGUGACAGCUGUAUGGAUGAUGAAAUCUCCCUCCGCUGAGGUGUUCAUAAUACCGAAGAGCAGUCUAUUUUGUGUACAAACACUGCUUUCUUGUUUUUAAUAUUUAUACAUAUUUGUUUUAAUACACUGCAUGUCGUUAUGCGUUGUAUUAACAGCUCCGCUGCUAGUGUGAGUUCUAGGCGAGUCAGUUCUCUGCGGGCGCCGACGUAAUUCCCGCCGGAGCAUCCCCGGCAUCCCACCGCAGGCCGGCACUGCUCUGCGCACGUGCGUACAUGCGCAGAGACGGGGCUGGCGACACUCGCGCAGUUCCAUCACGGCUAUAUCACAGAUCACAGACGUUCGAGGCCGCGCCGCGCACGCACGCUCACACCAAUAUCGCUGCCGGCCAAAUACGGGCACCGACAGGCCGCCGUCUUCUGACCGGGGACCCUAUCUCCCGGCGUCGCGCCAGCAAGCCACCACCGGUGGCAGACCAAACCGGCGUGGCCGCCGCACAGAAAGCAUGGCACGGAAAGCGACCGCAGUCCAGACUGAUGAUAAGAAACGUGAGACAUUGGGCGAUGAAAACAACAACGCGCCCGAGAUACGUCAAUUAUAAUGAUGUUCGCAACACCAAGCAAAGCCUGUAAUGCUGUGAUCGCUUAGAAUGGAAGCUGGCCAUCAUACCACGGCUCAUUUUCCCGCGUAGCGCUCAGUCAUGCGCGUAUCCUAUAUCACAACACAAAUACAUCAAUCACAGGAGGGAGUCACUGCGAGGACACAGGCGUAUAACCAUGGAAUGUUCUUCGGCGCUGGCUACGCCCUUCACUGGUUCCGAGCAAGAGGUCCUAACCACCGCACGAGGAAGACGAACCAGGAUAUGUUGCGUUCCCGGCAUUCCGGACAACCGGCGUACUCGGCGGCAUUCGGGGCGCACCGGCUGACGAUUCCAACACGACAGAAAGUGGCAAUACUGCACCACGGACUGGCCAGCGAUCCCGGCUCUACCCCACCCGAGGACAGCAGCGACUAGACAGCGGACAGCGCCGGCGUCGGCCAACCUUGCUGAGGACGGGCCGCCGGCAUCGGUGCCGAGCAACGUGGCUCACGUGACCGGCUGCACCGCGCCGACGACAUACGAGGACGGACAGCGUACACCUACCGGCCGUGUCGACCCGGGGCUCGAGACAGGCCGGGAAGCAUCCCCGGGUCGGACCAUACAGCAGGUCUGCUAGACAGCGUUCCCAAUCGUAACGGGCCCAGAAGGGGUCUCGGACCACACAUCAGGUCUGCUAGACAGCGUUCCCAAUCGCACCGGGCCCAGACCACACCACUCGGACCACACCAGUUCAAGGCCCCUUCCCAUACCACAUCAGGACAAGGAGGGGCCCCAAACCUCACCAGCCCUGGGCCGCCUCC